AUGGACCUGCCAGUGUUUCACUUUGCCUGGGUGAAGAAAAUUGUACCUUUAUUGGUACUUGGAUUAUUGGGCUAUGGUAGUUUUGUAGCAUUCUAUUCACUUGGCUAUCUUGAGAUAUACACUCAUCAUUCACAUGGAGUUGCAAUCACUCUAUGGGUAAUACUUGGACUAAGUGUACCUCUCGUACUUUACUAUUGGGCAAGUCUUUUGCUUGUGGGUCCAGGGAAAGCACCCAAAUUCCAGCCAUUCGAUUUAUACGGAGUAGAUCAAUCAUUAGCAACUCCGCCACAAUACUUCAUGUGUGAUGAAAAUGGAUUCCCAUUUUGGUGUUCCAACUGUCAAUCACUUAAAUUGCCUAGAUCAUUACAUCUGAAAGAUAUGGGCUACUGUGUAUUGAAAUUUGACCAUUAUUGCGUAUGGGUAGGCACUGUAAUUGGUCAAGAUAAUUAUAUUUAUUUCUUGAAAUUUGUAUGGUGGGUGUUUGUAACUUUUUUUACGGCCCUUAUAUUCCUUGCUGUUUAUACCAAGGAUAAUGCUGAUAGAGGGUUAAACCAUAAUUUCAUUGUCUUGUUCAUAUUUUCUGGGAUGUGGGUUUUAAUAUUGGCCAGUCUUUUAGGAUCUCAAUUAUUAUACAUUUCUAAAAAUAUGACCAUGUUGGAUGAUGUGAGUAAAAAGCAACAUAAAAGGUACACACGUUGGUCGAAUUCAAGUAGAAGAAAUCCCAAACGGAAACCUCGUAAAGAAGAUGGGAAACGAUAUAUUAAUUUGGCUCGUCCAAUCGAUUCUCAUGAUCUGAUAUCAUCAACAUGUCAUAGAGCAGUAGUACAAUACACUCUUAAAGAAACUCCUUACUCAUAUGGGUUUAUCGCUAAUUGGAAUAACUUAUGGUUAAAUGGUAAUGGACCACAUUUAAUUCCACAAGUACAACAAACAAAACAAUUUAUUAGAUGUGUAUUAAUGUUUUUCAUCCCAUUUACGGAACCAUUUCCGAAAAGAAAAGUCUAUAAUAAUAAUGAUACUUCCAAGCAGGACUUGGAAGAUCAUGGCAAUUAUGAAAAGUAUUGUGAUUCAUUGAAUGAAAAUUUUGAAAACUUUCUUCAAGAGAAAAUUGAAAAGGGUGAUUUUUACUUGCCACAAUACGUUAAUCCAACUACUAAGGACAAUAGUGAAGAUGAGUGA